GCUAGAUGCCAGCCUACAGUAGACUAUACGCACGGCAUACACUUCUAGUUCCACUGUCCCGAGUCCCGGUAGUAGUAAACCCCGCCCAUCCAAAGCGGGACCGCAAUGAUUUAGAAGUUCAGGAAUCCCACGUGACGUCACCUUAGGGGUGAUGUAAUGCUUCUGUAAAUAGAAUGUAUUGUAAUCCUGCCUCAGUCCAACGUGGUUCCUCUCAACCCAGUGCCGCUUCUCCGCUCCACUUGUUAGGUUUGUAAUGGAGAUGAAUGAUGAACAGGACCGGCCCUAUGGAUGCAGCACUCCUGGCUGCUCACAGCGGUUUCAAACAGAAGACCACCUGAUGAUCCACAGACACAAGCAUGAGAUGACCCUCAAGUUCUCCUCCAUCAAGACUGAUCCCCUCGCAGACCAGACCCCAACGCCGACCCGUUUCCUGCGUAACUGUGAGGAGGUGGGUCUCUUCAAUGAGAUCGAACAGGAGUUCUGCCAGGCACAGGAGGAGCAGAACAACAAACAGACUCAGAAUCUCCCUCAGAAUGGAUCAUCAUGUGCCAAUCAGCCCCAGGCACAGCCCCACUCCCAACACCAACCACCGCCCCAUGGUGGUAUGAGGGGUAUAAGCUGCAGCAUGGCUGGCCAACAAGCACUGCCCUCUGCCCAGUCCAACUCAGUCAUCACCCAGGCCCCCUCCAUGCUCACACACUCAGGGUAAAUACACAGAGACAAAGAUUGACACA